UGACGUCGUAUUCGUGCGCCGGAAAUGUAGCUCCGGCCACAAGCCCCGAAUGCUGAUGUGUUUCUAGAAAUCACAGAGCAGUCAGAGUCCAGAGUUUGUUGGUGUUUUUUUGAUGCAGUGGCAGAAGAAGACGGAGGCGGACCAGACGUCGAUGUCAAAGAAGAUCAGCAGCAGCAGCGGUUUAGAGAGCGAAUGGCGCCCAAAGGUAAAGUUGGCACCAAGGGAAAGAAGCAGAUCUACGAGGAGAACGAGGCGACUCUGAAGUUCUACACCAGAGUCAUCCUUGGAGCUAAUGCGAUAUAUGCAGCCAUAAAUUUCCUGGUUUUCUACAGUUCAUCUACAUUUUGGACAUGGCUGCUGCUGGUGUUCGCUCUGGCGGUGUACGUGGGGAGUUACCGCUCCAUGUCGGCAAUGGCCAAGCCGGUGUUCGCUGAGGAUGGAAGUCUGCUGGACGGAGGGAUAGAUUUAAACAUGGAGCAGGGGAUGGCAGAGCACCUGAAGGACGUCAUCCUGCUCACAGCCAUAGUACAAGUUCUCAGCACAGUCUCCUCUUACUUCUGGUAUCUUUGGCUGCUGGCCCCGGCCCGAGCUCUGCACCUGCUGUGGGUGAACUUCCUGGGUCCCUGGUUUAUGGCGGAAAGUCCGUCGGCACCGGAGGAGGUGAACGAGAAGAAGCAGAGGAGACAGGAGCGCAGGCAGAUGAAGAGAUUCUGAUGCUGCAGAGCGGACUGAGCAGUAUUUUUAUACCCAGAAUCUAAUAUACAAAUAAUGAGGAACUUCUAAGUUAUUCAGGAAGAAAUUUUGUUAUUAAAUUAAACUCAAUUCAAAUCUGAUACUGUGGAAUCUUGUUUUCCAUGUUUGCUUUCUUUCUGCUUCCUCCUGUAGUCCAGUUUUCUCCCGACAUUAUAAAAUGAAACCUUCUUUUUUUUAGAUAAUGUCACGGUCCGAACAUCAUUUGUCUCCAUGCAGAGAUUUGAGAGUUUUGCUGUUGCACAAUGUCGUCACACUGCCCCCUCCAGGUUCACAUCCGUUCUGUCAUCGUCUUUUAUUUCUGAAAAUCAUUCGUCAGUAACUGUUCUCUGCAGAGAAUGUCGUUUGUCAGCUGUUAUGUCUUAUUAAAUCAACUGCAUAUAAAUGAUGUUUUAAUAGAAAAAUGGAAACAAUUUUGCAAUAAAAAUCCCACUUUGGUGUUUGGAGUUGA